AAAGAUCCUCCUACCUGACACCUGUCACCACCUGACUGGCUCUCUGGACUGUCGCAGAUGGAUCCCAAGACACAAGACCCCAACCCAGGCACCACUGCCCACAUGCACAUUCCUAGGUGCAGAGAGACUCUGCCUCCCAUGCGCUCCCUGGACAGCCGGCACUGGGUGUUCCUGAGAGAGGGGCCAGGAGGUCUCACUGCUCAGGGUCCCCAGGGGCCUUUUCUGCCCUGGAUUCACCGCAGAGCCCCCCGGCCUGCCCCUAAGAAGAGCCAGCGUGAGCUUCCCGAGGAAGCAGCCCAUUUCUGCAAGCUGGAGCAGGUGGGGGCCCGCCUGGCCACACCCCCCCACCUGGAGGAAGCCCUGUCUGCAGAGGGAGAUUUGAACAUCAGUGAAGAGUUCAUCUGGAAACAGUUUGACACUGACCAUCAGAGAAAACUCAGCAGUGACGUACCCCAAGCCAUGAGACGCAGCCAGGUUCCUCUGGGGCUAGAGAAGUGGGUGGCACUAAACAAACUUCCGGAGGCAGGAUCCUUCCAGAAACCAAACUAAGAGAGGCAAAGCCAGAGACCGCAGGGUCCUUACAACCCGCAGCAGGUAAAGAUGAAGUAUGGAGCGUGGUACCUGAGCACCGGCUUGUGGAAAAGGCGAGGAGCAGGUGAAGCUUUGGUUGACCCCAGUGUCUCACGUAAAGCUCGAGAUGAGCAUUUUGAAAAGGAGCCGUGGAAACAGUUCCUUGAGAAGGUGUACGUUGGGAAGGAAGGUAAACGUGCGUAUCAAAAGACUCCUCUAAAAUGGACUCAAGCAUAG